AGUAAACGCGAGCCAAUCGAUUUCAGAGUGCAACUGAGGGGGUAACCUAAAGGAGCGUCGUCUCAGGAGACGUAACAUCGACCAUGAGGUUUCGUCGUGAACCUCGUUUGUGGAAGUCCAAGAGAGACUUGUUUCUACUAUCAUAUUAGCUGCUAGCUAGCUGGCCAGUUCUGUUGCCAUCAUGGAUCCUGCUGCCAGCUUUAACUUUGACGGUGAUGACGACAAGGAGGAAUUAGAUUCGGACCUGCUCGAGGUGCCCUCGUCGCCCAAGCCUGGCAAUCCUCUGAAAAUUCUUUUGAAAGGUUACCAAGACCGACUGGAAAAGAACCCGUUGGUCACCAAGUCUAUCACUUGUGCGUGUGUCAGUGCUCUGGGUUCUCUCCUCAGCCAUGUCAACGAUAACAAUCCACAAGGUCCUUCUCCCUCAGGCAACAAACCGCCAACCGCCACGAAACUCCAACAAUUGGCCGAGAUUGCCGCCUUUGCCCUCUACGGAGGACUGGUAGGUGGCCCCUUGACGCAUUUCUGGAAUCAGUGGCUAGAGAGGGAAGCUGGGUCCACUUCUUGGAAAGUACUAGUGGACCAAUUGAUUGCCCAGCCACCCAUGCUCUUCCUCAUGCAUGUGGUGCUCGACAUGGCGGGAGCGGCGGUACAAGAGCUUCCCAAAGCAUGGAAUCGAUCCUUGCAAAAAACGGGGCAAUCUGUCGUCAUGAGUUGGAGAUUUUGGCCCUUGGCUGUUUAUAUAAUAACACGCUUUGCCAAGAAGGAACGUCAUCUCACCAUCGGCACACAUGUGGCCGCACUCUACUGGAUGAGCAAAAUUGCACGGCAAAGAUCAAACUCUGGCAUACGAUACUGAACUUUCGCAAAAGUAGAAAUAUAGUAGAAGGAGAAUUGGAAUUGCAAUUUGGUUUAUGAAACACCAUUUAGCCCUACCUUUUGCGUAGUCUCAUAUCUAUGCAUUCAUGCUCAAAUGUACACACCGCCACUAACACGGUGAUCUGAUUCUGAUCUCCCUACCAGCAGUCACAUAAACUUAGGCCACCAGAUAAUCAUCGUC